AUGACGUUUGAGCCAUCGAUAAUCCCUCAAAUAUACGGUUCGUAUUGGCCUGAUUUAAAACAUUUGCUUGAUAAUUUAUUCCCUCUUCUCCCAUAUAUAUCUCCCCUCAAUUCAACCGGCGGCACGGCUCCACGUAAGCAGCUAGCCACAAAGGCCGCUAGGAAGUCAGCUCCGGCGACCGGAGGUGUGAAGAAACCUCACCGUUUCAGGCCGGGAACCGUGGCACUCAGGGAAAACAGGAAGUACCAAAAGAGCACUGAGCUCUUUAUUCGAAAGCUUCCAUUCCAGAGGCUUGUGAGAGAAAUCGCUCAGGAUUUCAAGACCGACUUGAGGUUCCAAAGCAGCGCCGUGGCCGCUCUUCAAGAAGCUGCCGAGGCUUAUCUCGUCGGGUUGUUUGAGGAUACUAACUUAUGUGCUAUUCAUGCUAAGAGGGUUACGAUUAUGCCUAAGGAUAUUGAGCUUGCUAGGAGGAUUAGAGGCGAGAGAGCUUAGAUUGGUUUGUUUUUAGUCCACUGAUGUUUAGAAUUAUAUAUCCAAGUUUUUUUUUUCC